GUCAAUCAUCUGUCUCAAUUGUUUAGAUUCUGCUCUGUUUCUCGUGUUCCUUUUCACAAAAUUCAGAGAAUAAUUCAACUGGGUUCUUCUUAAGUUAUUAUCCCUGUCUCUCUCUCUCGUAUCAAAAAUUCUGGGUUGAUAAUCUGACUUGUGGAAAUGGCAACACUUGCAUCAAAUCUCGUCUGUAUCGGAAAAGUAGGGAGGUUGGAGAUAAAUUGCAGAAAGAAAGAGAAAGGAAGAGAUCAGAGCAAUUACCCUUACAAAGUCAUUGAAAUCACUCCUCCUCCCAAGUCUCUUGGCGUUCGUUGCCUUCCUCAUAACCUUCAGUGCGGCGAGAACGUGAUGAUAGAAGGGAAUACGUACACAAUCUCUGCAGUGACUCACCGGUAUCAGCUCAGGAAAGGCAAGUACGAGCCGAGUGAGAGGAGGCUUGAUGUUCUCUCUGCCGCUAGAUACGUCUUAAACCUUUACUUCGAUAAUUUACUCCAAAACUCUUGAUCUUUUUUACCAAAUGUUUGGUCUAGAAUUUAACUCUUCGAUAAUACCAAAAACCCUUGUAACUUAAUUUGAUGGAGUGUUUGCUUACAAAAAAAAAACAAGAGCUGUUACUCUAUUAUUUCGUCGUUCCGUUAUUUCACUUGUUCA